AAAAUGUACUUUUACAUGUGAAAAUCAAGAUUAAAACAAUGCAGCACUUUAUAUUAAAUAUAAUAAGAUGCCCAACCAUAAGAUAAGACCUAACGGAUAAAACAUAUUACUACUUGAAAGUAUUUUAUCGGUUUUUAAGAAGUAAUAUAGAAGAUAUUUACCCGCUUAGAUGUGCUUUUGAAUGGAUUAAAAUCAACACUUUCCCCGAGACAGUGUGCUGGUUUUAGUCUCAAAAUAUCCUCAACGUCAUAUUCUAGAUCAAGAUAAUAGUAUUAACAAGCUGCCAGCAGGUAAACAUAUUUAAAUUGGUUAAAAUUAGCCCCACCUUUAACUGCUGCAACGUUAAAGUGAUUUACACAUUAAUGCAUCAAUAAUAGUAAUAACACAAUAGUAUAUAUUAUUUGGACAUGGGUACUUUUAUAUUUUGAUACCAAUACUUGUUCUUUUACUCAAGUAACAUUUCCAAUGCAGGGCGUUUAAUGUAUUUUUUUACACUGUGGUAUUUCUACUUGCUUAAAUACUGGGGAGAACUUUCAGUUCAAAAGGAUCAACAAAGUCUCCGCAAACACCCGUCUCCACUGCUGUAAGCUCAUAAAGUCCAAAUUUCAUCAAAUCAAUCCUGCACACAUGUCAUUUGGUGGUUUCUCUGUUACUCUCUCUAAUCGUCUACAACUGUCGCAUUGUAUGCAAAGAGUCUGCUUUUAUCUGAAUAUGUUCUAAUCCAGGCUUAGUUUAAGAUUGUGCGCUGCAGAAAGUCAAUAUUUAUCGUAUCCACUGGUGCUUAAUCGUGGAUAAAUGUUCUCUGCUGUUACUUUCUCUUUCAGUCCACUUAUCCGUAGGGCGAUGCCGAUAGCUAACCUAAUGAUUGUGAUGGAGCACCCCUCCUGUCUUUAUGGGGCUCUGUAGAAAAUGGCGCCUGUAAGGAAUUCUUUAGUAUCUACCUCCACCGUCCGAUGUGAGUAUACAGAUAAUGUCAUUCGUCACGUCCUACCCCCCCUAAAUCUGAUGCUUUUGCUCGGACCACACCCAUUUAUGAACUUGGCCUUCAUUUUGAUCUCAACUACACACCUGGAAAGUAUCAUAACUGCACCUUGCGUGGUUGUGACACUCUUACAGUGACAGAAUCUGUCCACAGGCAAAGAACUCAACCCUUGGUUCUGACAUAGUUUCCACUACAGUAGGUGUGUACAGGACCACAUUUAGCCAGGAUGACUCACACACACACACACACACACAGACUCAGGAGGUGAAAACAACACCAGCGUCUCUGAUGCGGGGGGUUGAAAGGAGUCUCACAGUCCGCCACUCAAGAAAGAAUUAGCAGGAAGGUGUUGGGGAGGGUCCUUACCUCAGCAUUUGUUUGUAACACACCACAUGACUAAAGCACCUGUCUUGAGCACAUGAUGUCACUGACUUUAAUGACACUGAUACUGGCAUAUGGGUUCCAGGCUGCUGCACCACUCCUGGCUCUUUCUAAACGUACAAAGCCGGAGGAGACAUUAUUUUUGGCGCAGGUGUCGCCUCUUCUUGUGUGACUGGAUACGUGUGAAGGUUCACGCCUCUUCUUUAAACUCUUAAAAUAUUCAUCCCAGUGAGAAUAAACAGGAUCACUUUACAGGUCUGGAACUUUGGGGGAAACAGCAGGAAGCCUUUGAAAAUGUAAGAACAAUAAUGAAAAAUGAUUCGAUUUUCUGUGAAUUUAACAUACUUUAGCUGGAAAUUCAAGUCAGUAUCGGCGUCCUUGACAGUGAGGCACACUGUAAGUAUACAGCUUUAUUGGCGCACGCACCUGCAGCAAAUUAUGUUAAUGAGGGCAGUUACCUGUUUUAAAGGGGAUUUUCGAAACGGAACAGAAAUAGUAGGGCAUUCUUGUAGUGCAUUUUUUAAAUUUUGCAUUAGGAGGGAAACAUUGUCCAUCAAGUUUAUAACGGGAAAUAGAAGAGGAAAACACAGUAUCAACUAAUAAAAUGCGUAAUUUUUUCAUCUACAAUUUGUUCAUAAUUACCAUUAAAAUAAUUAAAUAAUUUUACAAUAUGAGUUAUAUAUUUAACACAGACACCAAAAGCAGUUUAACUGCUUAUUGUGUUUUCUACCUGGCUGGAGCUGAGAUGAUAACUUCUGGUUUGGCUGUUUUACUCAUGGUUUACUGGCUUUUGCUACCUUAUUUAGUGGGAUACCAAAUGUGUUCAUUAUCAUUAAUAUAUUUUAAUUACAGGAAAUAUACAAACAACAAUACAGACGAUAUAUAAUGUGCUAAUAAGCUUUAGAGGGGCUGGUGGAGGCAUUUAGUUAGGUUUUGGACCACAUGGACCGACUGAGGGGACUUCCAGCACAGCCUACUACCCGCGUGGAGGUCGGUGGUGAAAGGGUUAACCAAAGAUGCAAGACGUGCGUGAGUCUGUCUGAGCGUGAGCUGCUGCGGCUGCUGCUGCUGCGGCAGUGAAGUAAAAUGUGUCAAAUUCCACCGGACAGCAGAAACACCGUGGAGGAAGGAGACGAGCUGCAGACCGCCACCGUGACAUCCAGGACAAUUUCCCCGGGUGAUGUGUUUCAUCCGCCGGCCUGCAUGCUGAGGGAGACACCGCUGAGCUCAAUCUGAAGACCUGCAUCGCAUUAUCGGAGACUGAAACGUGAAAGUAAGAGGAAGGAUGGUGACCAUGCAAACCCCAGAAGCUUCUGUACCUCUGACAGUGCUGUCCCGCUGGUACCUCUACGCCAUCCACGGCUACUUCUGUGAGGUCAUGUUCACAGCCGCCUGGGAGUUCGUGGUUAACUGCAACUGGAAAUUCCCCGGCGUGACCAGCGUGUGGGCGCUCUUCAUCUACGGCACCUGCAUCCUCAUCGUGGAGCAGAUGUACCUGAAGCUGCGCGGCCGCUGCCGCGUGCUGCUGCGUUGCAUCAUAUACACGUUAUGGACGUACCUGUGGGAGUUUGGCACGGGGCUGCUGCUGCGCCAGUUCAACGCCUGCCCCUGGGACUACUCCGAGUUCCGCUACAACUUCAUGGGACUGAUCACGGCCGAGUACGCCGUGCUCUGGUUCUGCGCCUCCUUCAUCGUGGAGCGCUUGGUCAUCCGCAAAACGCUACGGCUUCGAUUGCAGAAGGGGCCCGAGGACGGUUGGUCAAACCGUCAGUUGAAUGCUGGAGGAACUGUGGGAGGAGGGAGGACGAGAAAUGAUGCCAACGGCUGCCUUAAAGGAGAAUGAAUGAAGGAAGAACACAAUCUGAAACCAGCCCAAGCACCCUGCUACACCACCUAUACCCUCCUCAGCCACAUUUGAUAAACAGUUCUCCCCCACUAACCGUAUGGGGGGAAGACAAACAGACAACUAUGUCCACUGGGCUGGUGUGCAGAGGUGUACUGAAUAUCAGAACAGCCAGAAAACCAAACUUAACUGAGGCUUCAAACACCCAAAUCACUCACUGUGCUUCCGGCCGUCGACAGAGGCACAAUAUGGAUCUCAUAACGCACCCACUCAUUUCCAUGUGGGGUUGACCGUAAGGAGACCCAGACUCAAUAUCUCCUUUCCCCAGGACUGCAAAGACCUCCGAAAACUAAAAAAAAAAAAAAAUACUGUUGCAAAAAUAAGUGCUAUCACCCUCUGAAGGAACAAGUUCAAGAACAAUACGUUUGUUUUUCAAGGGCACAUCUGAAAGCAGAAUGCUUGCUGCAUAGAAAUCCGAAGAAAAAAGUAGCUCUAACACGUUCUUUUUUUAAAAUGAACAUAUUGUCCUUAUUCAAAGUACUGUAGUAAUGUAGCCACAAAAAGCUCUUUAAGAACAUACCACGCA